UCCAUAGACUGUAUCAAAAGGGAGCACAACCAAAUCGAGAAAAUGUCGUGCGGUCAAUAGUAAUCUAAAUUGACAAGUUUUUACGCCGGCCAAUCACCAAUUUCGAACUAAAAAAUUCUCCGUUUUAACAAAAGACGCGCUGUGAAGUAGUUUUAAUCCAUCAAAACGAUGCUGCGAAGGAUUUCAAUGAUGCACAGGCUGCAGAUGCAGGCGUCGUAUCUGCCGUUCUGUUCAAGUGGUCGACAGUACCACAGGGAGACUGAGGGUAGCUCGCACUCGAAGGAUGCCCUGGAUAGCGAGUACCCGAUGCCGACGUGGACGCCGCGUCCGGACCUCAAGCGAAUGGAGCCGGUAGACAGGACCAAGGUGUACGAUGCCUGCUGGCAGACGACGCGCCGUACCGAAUACAAAUGCCGAUCGGAUCCCGAGUUCAAUGUACACGCCUUCAUCGACAGCCGCAAAAAUUGCCUAGCCGAUCCUUGUGCCACGGAGACCCUGUCCCUUGAUCUGACCCACUAUAAGCCACAGGACAUGCACAAUCGAGAGUAUCAGCGAACGUGGCACGAGUGCGUGGUCAAGCAGCGAAAACGCAAGGCCCACUGUGUUCACGAUCCGCCGCCAAUGCCGCGGCGUUGUCGCAAGAGUUUCAAACACACGUGCCCCGUUAACAUGUGCGUUUUGGGCGCACAGGAUCUCAAGCUCAUCAAGCCGUGCAAACCAUUAAAACCGACCACUUGUCCGCGCUUCAAGAUGCCCAACUGCUGUGAGGAAGCCCGCAAUCCGCCCAAGUGCGUUCGGCCUUUCAGGCGGUGCGGCACUCGCCGAAAGACCAAGUAUCCCAGCUUCUCCGAGUGCUGUCGCGAUGCUGUUCCGGAUGCCCGACCCAUCGAGUGCAAAUGCCUGGCCAAGCCGGCCAUCUGCGAAAUGUGGGCGUACUAUCGCCGCCGUCACGGCUGAUCGAGCUUGAUUUUGAUUGACAACGAACUGAACGAUCUUUAAGCGGUAGUGUUUUACAAAAUAAAUACCAGUGAAGCUUCUUGAA